CAGCAUUUGAGUAUGAGUCCUCAUAGUGCCGCGACAAAACUGAAAAUUCCACCGGUUUGUUGAUGGCAAGUUUGUUAAAUCCAUCCCCGUCAAGGUCAAAUCUCACUGCCCCUCUUGCCCGUUAGGUGCCACACUGCUGCCACUUCCAUUUAUAAAGAAACAUACACACCACCUUCAUUCCAUUCUAUCCUCAAUGGCUCCUCCUCCUUCUUCUUCUUACAUUAUCACUGUCUUUCUGUUACUAUCUCUUCUCUCUCACAUCGCUUUCACUUCCUCAAACCCCAACACCAUCACUCUCCCACUCUCCCCUCUCCUCAUCAAACCCCAUUCCUCAGACUCAGAUCCAUUCCACUCUCUCAAAUUUGCAGCUUCCGCUUCCCUAACCCGGGCCCACCACCUCAAACACCGCAACAACAAUUCCCCCUCCGUAGCCACAACCCCAGCAUACCCCAAAUCCUACGGUGGCUACUCCAUAGAUCUCAACCUCGGAACCCCACCUCAAACCUCCCCCUUCGUUCUCGACACAGGUAGCAGCCUCGUUUGGUUCCCCUGCACCUCCCGCUACCUCUGCUCCCACUGCAACUUCCCCAACAUCGACACCACCAAAAUCCCAACCUUCAUUCCCAAAAACUCCUCCACCGCCAAACUCCUCGGUUGCAGAAACCCCAAAUGUGGCUACAUCUUCGGCUCCGACGUUCAAUUUCGCUGCCCCCAAUGCAAACCAGAAUCCCAAAACUGUUCCCUAACAUGCCCCGCCUACAUAAUCCAAUACGGCCUAGGCUCCACCGCAGGCUUCUUACUCCUCGACAACCUCAAUUUCCCGGGAAAGACUGUUCCUCAAUUUCUCGUAGGUUGCUCCAUCCUAUCCAUUCGCCAACCCUCCGGAAUCGCUGGCUUCGGUCGCGGCCAAGAGUCUCUCCCCUCACAAAUGAAUCUCAAAAGAUUCUCAUACUGCUUAGUUUCCCACCGCUUCGAUGAUACACCACAAAGCAGCGAUCUCGUUUUGCAGAUUAGCUCCACGGGCGACACCAAAACUAACGGCCUCAGCUACACGCCGUUUCGCUCCAACCCAUCAACUAACAACCCGGCGUUUAAAGAGUACUACUAUCUCACUCUUCGCAAGGUCAUUGUUGGGGGCAAGGAUGUUAAGAUUCCGUAUAAGUUUUUGGAGCCUGGCUCUGACGGUAACGGCGGCACCAUCGUUGACUCUGGAUCCACCUUCACGUUCAUGGAAAGGCCCGUUUAUAAUUUGGUGGCACAAGAGUUUGUGAAGCAGUUGGAGAAGAAUUAUUCCAGGGCCGAGGACGCUGAGACCCAAUCUGGGUUGAGUCCCUGUUUUAAUAUCUCCGGCGUCAAGACCGUCACUUUCCCCGAGUUGACUUUUAAGUUCAAAGGCGGCGCCAAAAUGACGCAGCCGCUUCAGAAUUAUUUCUCAUUGGUCGGAGAUGCCGAGGUCGUGUGUUUGACCGUUGUCUCCGACGGAGGUGCCGGUCCGCCCAAGACAACCGGUCCGGCCAUCAUCUUGGGGAAUUAUCAGCAGCAGAAUUUCUACAUUGAAUAUGAUUUGGAGAAUGAGAGGUUCGGAUUUGGUCCUCGUAGUUGCAGAAGGAAAGCUUAGUUUUAGUAGUUGAAAAUUAAUUAACACCCAAUUCGAUUCACAUGACAUCCACGACGUUGUGGUGGUUAUAGUCUAUUAUUAUUAUUAUGAUUUAUUUGUCGUUCUCAUUGAUUUUUUAUCUUAUUUUUUUACUGCGUAAGUGCAGGAACAGAGUAUGGAUGCUUAGAAUGAUUUUAAAUAAAUUGAGAUAUACUAUAUGAUUAGUUCA